GGAUGAAAGACACUUGACCGUUGUUAUGCGUCAUUUCCAAAAACUAGCCGUUGCUCUACUUUUGUUUUCCAAUUCUAAUAAAAACCCUAAAUCCAUCACUCUCAUAGUCACAAAAAAUAAAUCACUCAAACCCAAUAUCUGAAAAACCAACUUUCGGAAAUGGCGUCAAGAACAGCGUCCAAAGACAUAAUCACACUUCGUGGUUCCGCCGCAAUCGUCAGUGAAUAUUUUGGUUAUGCAGCAAAUAGCAUUUUGUACAACCGAGGAGUAUAUCCUGAAGAAAAUUUUAAAAAAGUGAAGAAAUAUGGUCUCACAAUGUUGCUUACUGAAGAUGAAGGUGUAAAGACCUUCAUUUCCAACUUGACUGCCCAACUUGCUGAGUGGUUGGAAGCUGGAAAGCUACAAAGGGUGGUUCUUGUGAUCAUGAGCAAGGCCUCUGGUGAGGUAUUAGAGAGGUGGAAUUUCAGUAUCGAAACUGAUAGCGAGGUUGUUGAGAAAGGUGUUUCAAGAGAGAAAAGUGAUAAAGAAAUAAUGAGGGAAAUUCAAGCAAUUAUGAGACAAAUAGCGUCCAGCAUCACUUACUUGCCUUGCCUUGAGGAACCAUGUGUGUUUGAUGUGUUAGCAUACACUAAUACUGAUGUUGCAGUUCCAUUUACUUGGAUUGAGAGUGAUCCUAAACUGAUUGCAAAUCCACAAAUGGUGAAACUGCAUUCUUUUGACACCAAGAUUCACAAGGUUGACACUUUGGUUUCCUAUAAAAAUGAUGAUGAAUGGGAUGAAUCCUAGACCACAUCCAUAUUGUACUUUACUUGGUUGACAUUGUGUGUGAAUCAUUGAUUCACAUUUUGUAUGUUAGAUUGUGUAAACCUUGAAACAUCUGUUAGUUGUUGUAUCCUCAAUGAAGACCGAACGAAAUUGAAGGAAUUUGAAGAUGUUUAGAUACUAAAGUUCCGAGAUUAACUGUUGGAAAACCAAAACAGGGUUCCUCAUUUAUAAGGAAUGUGGAUGCUAUAUUUCUGUCGGGUAUGUUGAGAAGACGAGCGCGCAUCUCUAAGAGCUGCUACUAAGAAAAAGAGCAAACUAGACCAAUUGGUGUAACAGGAAUCAGUUUAUUGCUAUUGUGAAUAAGACAGUAAUAAAGAAAGAAGAGUGAUUAGCACCUGCCUUUCGAUUAUGUCAUUAGCAGCAGUCUCCAUAUCUAUGCAACUUAGGUUGGUUGGUUUAUUCAUAGCAAGUAUUUUUUUCAUUCUUUUUCAGCUCUGAGUAAUAUUUGGUCUUUUUCAUU